AUGUUUACUGAAAACAUCCGCUUCUCAGUUCAUAAUGGCGUGACAAUUUCCUUCUGGUCAGACAGAUGGAGUAAAGCAGGUACAAUGGAAGUUUUGUUUCCUCGUCUGUUCAACUUAUCAAGGCAGAAAACAGCGUCAUUUGCAGCUGUUGCUGCGUCGUCUUGGGCAUGGAGAAGAAGGUUGCGAUUGACAGAGAAAAGUGAGCUUGAUGGUAUUAUCGGUCACAUGAAUCAGAUCACUCUGAACUCUUGUCCAGAUAAAAUUAACUGGUCGAAAGCUAGAGGAAUUUACACUGCAAACAGCUUUUGUAAUCUGUUCAGACAAGGCUCAGCUGAAGGAAACAGUACGUUCUCAUUGGCUUGGUCUUCAGUUUCUCCUCCAAAAAUUAUGUUCUUCAUUUCGCUUGCCUUACACCGACGUGUUUCAUCGUUAUCUUUGCUCCACAGUAGGAACAUUGUAGCAGCAGAUGCAAUUCACUGCUCUCUUUGUAACCAGGUUGAAACCCAAGAACACAUUCUAAUCCAUUGUGAUUUUGCUACUUCGGUUUGGAACCGUAUUAUCUCUAAAGUUGGUUUAUCGUUGGUCUUGCUGUAUUAUCUUCAGGAUUUUCUUCAACAAUGGCGUACUCUUAUUCCGUCAAGAGGUAAGUUGAAACUUUGGCAUUCACCGUGGGAUGUUACUAUUUGGGAAUUGUGGAAAUGUAGAAACAAAAGGUUAUAUAAUGAUAGCACAACGGAGAUCGAAGAAGUAGUAUUUAGAUGCUUCACAUCGGCAUGUCUUUAUGUCAAAUGUAAUGACUCUAGCAUUUCAUAUUCGGGUUUAGAUUUCUAUAGAAACCCGGAUUGUAUUCUUUUUCAUUGA